UCCCGCCCAUGGAGGCCCCUUAGUCCGGCUGGGCUGGCGGCCCUUCUCCAGGAUGCUCCCCAGCCCCGCCACCUCCUCCACCCCGUUCUCCGUCAAGGACAUCCUCAAACUGGAGCAGCAGCAGCGAGCCCUCCAGCCGCCCUUCCCAGCCUCCGGCCUCCUGGGCGCCCGCUUCUCCGACGGAGAGGAGGAGGAGGACGAGGAGGAGGAGGAGGAGAAGCUGCCCUUCCUCUUCUCCAUGGCCGACGGGGCCAAGGGCCGCGGAGACGGGGGGCUCUCCCCCGGGAGCUACGUCCAGGCCGUGCUCAGGGGCACCAAGGGCAUCGUGGCCCACCAGGGAGAUCCGACGGCGGUAGCCAGGGACUCAGGGAUCGGGAUCGGGAAGGACCCCUCGGAAGAGUCCCCGCCGUCCUCCUCCUCCUCCUGCUCGGAGCGUCCCAAGGCGGCUCGCGGGCGUCGGAAGCCGCGGGUGCUCUUCUCUCAAGCGCAGGUCUUCGAGUUGGAGCGUCGCUUCCAGCAGCAGCGCUACCUCUCGGCCCCGGAACGGGAGCUCCUGGCCGGCAGCCUGAAGCUGACCUCCACGCAGGUGAAGAUCUGGUUCCAGAACCGGCGCUACAAGUGCAAGCGGCAGAGGCAGGACAAAGCCCUCGAGAUCGGGAACCCGACGGCGGCACCGGGAGUCGCAGGACCGCCGUCAUCUCAGCACCAGCAGCCCUCGCCUAUGCCUCCGCCCCGGCGGGUGGCUGUCCCGGUCCUGGUGCGGGACGGCAAGCCCUGCCUGGGGGGCUCCCAGCCCUACACCUCUCCCUACAACCCCGCCGCCGGCCCUUACCCUUACAACGGCUUCCCCAACUAUCCCUACACCGGAUCCCCCGCAGCUUCGUAUGCCACCGCAGGGAGCUACGGUUGCAACUACCCGACGGGAGGCGGAGGCGGCGGGGCUCCGUCGUCAUUGCAAGCGCCUGUCGGGCCUUUUGUGAACAUGGGGGGCUUCUCCAGUGGGGCCCAGCCCUUGCACCAGGGGCCCCCGGGGCCUCCCUGCGGCCAAAGCAUCCGAGCCUGGUAGCAAAGCCGCCGAGGGAGUGUUUGUCGCGUCGAGGAAGGCUUCUUCCAGCCCCGGUUCAGGAAGAUGCCAAGAGGACAGUUGGGGGGCACAGAGAAAGAGAGAGAGAAGCAGCCCUUCCUCAAAGAAAAUAACCCCGGAGUCGAGAGCAAAGGAUGACCCGCAAGAUUUUCCGACGGUGCCUCUGUUAGUGUCUGCCAAUGCCAAACCACACUUCGGUUUAGGCUGCAGAAAUAACCCACUUCGACACCGCUUUGACUGCCAUGGCUCCGUGCUGUGGAAUUCUGGGAAUGGUAGUUGGAUUUGAAGUUUCCUCAGUGGCUUUGCAAAGUACAAAAGGUUCAAGGUGGAGACUGCAGCCACCCUUCUGGACAACGCUUAUUUAAUGUCAGCGGAUCUGAACGAAGGUUAUCUACAUAUUCCAACAAGAUGCCCAAAUGCACCUGAGGACGUAGCCGGAAGUCUACGGAAAGUUCCUGCUGCCAACGUCCCUCUUUAGUUGCUCUCAAAGGUGCUACAAGAUCUUUCUACAUACUCUUCCGACAACACGAACAAAAAUCCAUCGGUGAUACCUUUAUCGGCCAACUGAAAUGCACAAUAGACUUGUUGCAAGCUUUCGAAGCUCUAUGGGCUUCUUCAUCAGGCAAGAUGUUACAAAUCAAAGAGAAGGAAAAACAAAACACAACAAAUGGAGAUGUUAGAUGCCUGUAUGUUGCUUCAGUCCUUAGUAAAGAUGGUAUGCUGUGGAAAGUAUCUUUUCCAACAAAAGUCCAGGAAGGUUGGUAAAUCGCAGUAUUGUCUUGAAAGGGAUGCCGGUGGGGGGAAGACUUUUCCAUUUUGGUCAACUUUAGGGAACCAAAUUGGGUAUUAUUAGAAGUAGUUAGGUCUUUCCAAGAAUGGAGGUUUCUUCUGUCGAAAAAUCCAGGAAAGAAAAAACUAGUAUGGAAAAGAAAAUACUAAUAUGGAGCAUUCCAUCGCCUUGAGCCAUGGCAGUUAAAGCGGUGUCAAAGCGGAUCAUUUCUGCAGUGCGGAUGCAGCCUUAGACUUCUUUGCUCCGCCAGCCUUCUUGGGGACCAACUGCCAAGCUUUCCUUGGAAGGCUUGGGCUUCAACUUGAACCCUCUGGAUCCCUGGAACUGGCCGGGCAGAGGGAGGAUGCUGCCUCGGAGGGAAGAGGCUGGGACCCACUUUCAAAGACCCCCAAAGCCCUGGGCGAAAGGGAAGAAGAGAGGGAGGGCUGUCCCCUCCAUCCGCCGCCUCCUUCCCCUCUUUUUGCUGUAUCUUAUUCCGUGUAUCGAUAUAGCCACUGCUGCAAGGAGAUCCAAUAAACUAGGUGCAAUAUAUCCUCCAUAACCACUAGGCUUGACUAGGGAGAAGAGGGAGGGGUGGGGGUCUCUGCUUCGGUUUCACUCCGCAUUGGCAUCAGCCCUUGUGGUUUCGAAGGCAGCAUCCACAUUGGAGAAAUAACCCGGUUUGGCACCGCUUCAACUGCCCUGACUCAAGGCUAUGGAAUUCUGGAAGUUGGAGUUUGCUCUGAGCCCCACAACAAACUCCAACUCCCCAAAUGACAUAGCCUUGAGCUAGAAAAGAAGUAAAGCGGUGCCAAACUGAGUUCUUUCUCCAGUGUGGAAAGGCUGAGUCAGGCCGGUGGGUUUUUAUAGAAGGGCAUCUCUUUCCCCUUUGCUCCAGCUGCCACUGGGCUUUAGCAAACCAAGGCUGGGGUGCAAAAAUUGAUCCCACCUGGCCCUGGAAUAGCAGGGCCGGCCCUACCAUUGGGAAGAAAGUAAGAUUGCCCAUUUGGGGCAAGAGUUUCUAGCCUAAGCGCCUUGUAAAGGCAGCAAAUAUGCAAUGACUUGAUUUAUUAUGACGAUCCUUGUUUUGCUGCCUGAGGUGCCAAAAUAAAUGGGCAGCCAGGAUACCAGGCUCCCAAACAGGGCAGCUUUUCCAGUUCAGCCUCAGGAGGAAAAAUACCUUUGGCAUUUGGGGCAUGCCUUGGGUCUCUCUCUCUCUCUUGUCUUCCUCGCUGGUGGAGGUCAGACUGAACGGUGGAGUUCCU